AUGAACAUGAUCAUGGAUAAUUCCCAUCAUCAACAUCAGCACACUAUUCCACUUGUGCAAAACUCACCAACGCGUGCUAACUUACAUGUAUCAACAACACCACCCACACCGCUUAGCCCUGCACAUAAUAACAACAAUGAUACAGCAAUAUCACCGCACACAUCACCCGUCGGCAAAACAACUCUAAAACGUUCUUUUGAUGUAGCCUUUCUGAUGAUGCCUGAUGAACGCAUCAAACAAAAGCAAGCUGAGAAACAGGCACGUCUUUCAGAAAUCAUUCUUGAACGCCAUCAGUAUCCAACAGACUUGUCUCCGCGUAGUCAACAGCUAUUACAGCAGCAACAACAACUACAUCACUUACAUGAACAAAAUGAGAUAGUCAAUUUUCAAGAAGCACGUCGUUAUGCACAGAUAACUUUACGCUCCCCACGCAUCUAUGACGAUCCCACCGUUGUUAUACCAACCGUAAAUAGCACAACUCCUGAGCCCGAAGCUCUACCAAUGAAAAGCGCCUUUACUAAAGUUGCAUCUACACGCUUGGAGUCACCAAUACAACCUGCACCACCAUUAAGUCCCGAUCAAUUAAGUUGUCCAUCAAUGAGUCCGCCAAUGUCAACAACUCCACCGCGAACUAAUAGUGACAACGGAAGACUUUCUAAUGGCAGCGCUAACUCUAUAUCACCAUGUCUCAAUCCGAAUAUUGUCUAUCAAAAUUUUCGGGCAGAUUACCAAUUCAAUGGACCGUUUCAGUCAGUGAACCAAGUACAAGCUCUGCAAGCACAACGCCUGAAGCAGCAAUUUUUGUACCGCCCACCAAUGAAUGUAACCAGUGCACCUAAUUCCAACACCAUUUCAAUGUCGGGUGGUCCAGUAAAUGCACCAUCGCCACCAGAUUUUUUGCCCGGUUACGCUGCCUUUCCAUUUCCACCCACCGCUGCAACUCAUCCAUUCGCUGCUGUUGCACCACCAGAGCUGCCUCGCAUCGUACAAAACCCUGCUGCUGCUGCUAUAUUAUCCACAUUGAUACCACCAACAUUGGCAUCCACAUUCACACUAACUGCACAAAAUGUCUGCGCCAAAUGCAACAUCAGCUUCCGCAUGACCAGCGAUCUCGUCUACCACAUGCGCUCGCAUCACAAAAGUGAGGUAGCGACUGAUCCGAAUAGACGCAAACGCGAGGAAAAACUCAAGUGUCCUGUUUGUCAAGAAAGUUUUCGCGAACGUCAUCAUCUCACGCGACACAUGACAGCCCAUCAAGACAAAGAAAGCGAUCAAAAUCCUAUAGCGAACGGUACUCACAAUAACAACAAUGAACUUUUGAAUAUGAACUCCAAUAAUGGCCGCCAUCACAUGUCACGCAUAUCGAGCGCAUCCAAAUGAUCGAAGCAUUUCUUCGGAUAUUAUUAAAAAGAUAUCUGAAAUCGGUGCAUAUUAUUCUAGUUGUUUUGGACAAAGUAGGGGCA